AUGUUGUUUGGCGGUUGCUUCUCGUUGUUCAGACGGCCCGGCACGGAUAUGGUCGAAUCAGAUGAACCGGCGCUCAACCCUCCCAUCACAGUCGAGAACGGCAAGGGAGAGCUCGAUCUCGAGGCAACCAUGCGGAACGCAGCCUCGAUCACUUGGAGCGGGUUCAAGGCCGUCCUCAAUGUCCUUCACUCCAUGGCGGGCGCGUUCCCGCCGCUUGACGCGACGGUCGGGGGACUGGUCGCCAUCAUUGACUUGUACGAUCGUACACAGGACAACCGCGACGGGUUGAAAGAAGCGAUGGAGCGCUUGGAUAGGCUGCUGGGCAUCUUGGCUGGUCGGCUGGAUAACUUCCAUGUCGACAAGGCGAGCGCCGAAAGGCUCGUGGGGAGACCCGCUGUCAAGACGUUGCAGACUCUGCUCGUCGACGUCCAAGGGCUACAGCGCCGCCAUUUCUUACGUCGAGCGGUGAUGAGUGCUGAGGAUAAGAGCAGUCUACAAGGCAUAUGCAGCUCAAUCGAGCAGACAGUGCAGGAACUGCAGCUAGAGAUUGGUCUCAUCGUGGAAAUGGACACGAAAGAGAUCCUCCAGGAAACGUACUUGAGGGACCUCCCUCUUGCCAAAGCUGCUGUGUACACGGCCGCUUUGACCGAUGGCGUGUCCAGACGCGGCUGUACCCCCGGCACGCGUACCGAGAUUCUCGACACCAUCCUCACAUGGGCGAAAGAUUCCUCAGCUAGCAACGCGCCUGUCUUUUGGAUCUCGGGCCUGGCAGGACAGGGAAAGAGUACUAUCGCGUAUACGGUCUGCGAGCGCCUGAAGCGCGAUGGCGUCCCGGUGAUCUCGUACUUCUGCUCAGACCAGCUGGACACGUCUCAGGAGAUGCUCGUCGUGCCGACCCUGGUGUACCAUCUCGCCAGACUCUCUGCGUCAUUCGCUCGAGAAGUCGUCCAUGCUCUCAAACGCGAUUCUUCUCUCGUGACCCAAAAGCUUGACCUUCAGUUCAACGAACUCCUUUUGAAGCCAUGGUUGAAGAGUGCUUCCGAGCGGGACGGGUUUCCCCCGUUCAUAAUCGUCAUCGAUGCGCUAGACGAAAACAAGGGUGGUGAAAUCCUCGGGAGUCUCGUCCUUGGCUCCGUAUUCGAGAUGAAAUUGCCGGGUCUUCGCUUCUGCAUGACAUGCCGCCCCAAUCGCAUCUUGGAUCCACUAUGGAAGUCGUCGAGUCAAGUUCACGGCGAUCGUUUUGUACGCGUCCUGGAUCUCAAUCGUGAAGACCAGGCCGCUGUUGCAUAUGACAUACUGAAGUGUCUCAACGAGGCGCUUCCCGGUCACGAGAACACGGACUACCUUGAAGCUCUCGCCAGGACCGCGAACGGUCUCUUCAUCUUUGCCACCACGAUUGCAAGACUUGUUCGGCCUCGCGCUGCGCUCCCUUCCAAGGGGAAGUCGGAGGAGAAAAUCCAGAUCAUACAGUUCACACAAGAUCACCGCGCAGCGACUCUGAGCGCCGGCAUGGAAGAGAGUGUCCUUGAUCGCCUCUACGCUGAUAUCAUCCGCCGUGCGUUCGACGAGGAUCAUUUCACUCUUGAGGCAAAGGAGAAGAGAAAGCGCGCUCUCGUCACGCACCUUCUUUGUUCACGCGGCUCCUUUACGUUAGAGAUUCCUCUUAUCUCGAUCCUGUCCGGGGUUGAAGAAGAGGUUGUGUCAUUGCUGGUCAAGAACUUGCAAGCCGUGUUGUAUCUGUCUGAGGUGUCCUUUGGGUUUGUCCUGUGUUAUCACUUGUCAUUCGUCGAGUAUGUUCUCGAGCGAGAGAGUGGUACGGCAGACCUAAUGCGACCCGUUAUCAUCGAACGGUGCACAAAGAUAUGUUUUUAUCCCCCCGCUUAUCAUUCUAUAUCGGAAUCAAUACAGUGGAAGAUACUUUCAAGCUUCGAGGCGAGUCUUUUCAGAGAUCGUGAUGUUGAAUGGGCUGCAACUGAGGCUUAUUGCCGUAUCGUCACCAGUUGUGAGGGGUGGGAAUUUUGGGAGCAGGUUCUCUCCGACUCCGAUUUUUGA